GGCUGUUGCCAUUGAGGAAGAGGAUAACAGCAACCAAGAAAUCUUGAAGACAUGGCGUGUGUAUCAUCUGUGUGUACAAGAUUUGGAGCACACAGUACAACAGCUUCGCUCCCUUUCCUCAAUGUUUCACGAGUAACAAGAAGCUCUCUCUCCCUAAAACCAGCUGCUGCUGCGCCUAAUUCCGCAAACACGUCUGGGCUUCUCCACUGUUCCUUCGUUUCUUCUUCUUCUUCCCCACUCUCUCUUUCAUCUUCAUCUUCAUCCACAUUCGCAGGUUCAUCAUUGGGGUUGGACUUGAGUUCAAGGAGUGGGAUGGAGGCGGUGAAGCGGCGGGGGUUGGUGGUUAGGGCGGGGAAGAAGUUUCAACUUGCUCAAACAAAGAGGAACAGAUCUCGGAAAUCAUUAGCAAGGACUCAUGGAUUUCGUUUGAGGAUGAGAACUACUAAUGGAAGAGCUGUGUUGAAGCGUAGAAGAGCCAAGGGUCGUUGGAUACUUUGCACCAAAUCUAAUCCUAGUAGUGGAAAACGUGCUUGAAUCGAAUGACCGAAUUUUUACUACUUUUGGGUCCAUGAUUAUCAUGAUGAUGAUAUUUUUGUUUAAUGUGUAUUUGUUUAAUUCGUGUAAUCUUGGUUUAAUUUCUAGAUGUUGAAACGUCUCUUCUCUUCGAUUAUCAAGCAAUAUAUCUUGAAAAGUUGUAACU